GCAACGCCGCAGUUGUUUUCUUUUAGUUGUGUCGGUUUAUUGGAUGGUUUUUAGUUGCGCUAUUUAUUAAACAAGCAUUUUAGUAUUAAUAUGCUUCUGAAGACCACUGUUUCGUCCAGCAGCAUUAAAUAUUUUGUAUAUACCCGCGUAUGCGUGGCACGGCGCGAAAAACAAACAGCAUCUGCAACCACCUGUGAGAGAACUUAACACAAAUAAUCCAGCCAUAAUAAAAAGGCGUAUAAAAAAUCAUUAGAACGUUUAACGUUGAACACGUAGCAAGAAGAGUUUUGUUAGCAUGUUGUCGCUUCAGCUGCACAGAUUACAAAAAUAUUUAUGGCCUUUCUGCCUGCAUGUGGCCUUAUUAGCCACCUCAGCCAGAGGACAAACAGCUGAUUAUCUGGUUGGCCGCAAACAGACUGUCUACAAUCCUAGUCAGCUGUCAGACGUACAAUUUCUGGAGUAUAGCAAUCUGUCGGAUGGCCAACAUCUGCGAGAAGCAGUGCAAAACAUAUUAAUACCUCGUGUCGUGGGAACAGCGAAUCACAGCAUUGUGCGUCAGUAUAUUGUGAAUAGCCUGAGGGAUCUGAAGUGGCAUGUGGAGCUUAAUAGCUUCCACGAUAAGGCGCCCAUUGUGGGACAAUUGCAUUUUCACAACAUUAUCGCCACGCUAAAUCCGCAGGCGGAACGUUAUCUAGUGCUGGCUUGCCACUACGACAGCAAAUAUAUACCGGAUGUGGAAUUUGUCGGUGCCAUUGACUCGGCGGUGCCCUGUGCCAUGCUCCUCAAUCUGGCCAAGGUACUGGAGGAGCAGCUGCGACCACUGCAGACAGCCAAGCUGAGUCUGAUGCUGCUCUUCUUCGAUGGCGAGGAAGCGUUCGAAGAAUGGGGUCCCAACGAUUCUAUUUAUGGGGCACGUCAUCUGGCCAAAUUGUGGGAGAAGCAAGGAAAAUUGGAUCGUAUCGAUAUGCUGGUUCUGCUCGAUUUACUGGGCGCCCCUGAUCCGGCGUUCUAUAGUUUCUUUGGCAACACAGAAUUAUGGUUCAUGCGACUCGCAGAUCUGGAGCAGCGACUGGCUGAGAAAUCACUACUGGAACGCUAUGUGAACAGUGGCGUUAACAACUGGGAUCCCACUCGUUACUUUCAGCCGCAGGCGUUGCGCAGCGGUCUAGUGGAAGACGAUCAUAUACCGUUCCUGCGGCGGAAUGUGCCUGUGGUGCAUUUGAUACCGAUGCCGUUCCCCAGUGUGUGGCACACACAGCAUGAUAACGAAAGUGUGAUCGAUUAUGCGACUACAAACAAUUUAGCGCUGAUUAUACGACUCUUUACGCUCGAGUAUCUGUUGGGCGCAAAGUAAAAAGCCCCCCCUGCUUAACUAAUUCGAAGCCUUAUCAUAUUGACCUGUCUGAUACGCGGUAUCGUUAACUGUUUACUUA